UGUGAUGUGUUAUCUCGCUCGCGGUGCAGCAGCCGCGAUCCGUCGUGGGAUUCAAAUGCGUGUCAGUAAUAAUAAUCGCGUGAAACGUAAUGCGCGAGUGGGUGUGUGCCGAUUAAGUUUGCCGUCACGUAUGCGGUCCCGCAAACGACGAAAGUCUCACGGCAAUAUGGCAUCGCUUUCUACAAUUUUUCCGAGUCGCGAUCGUGUCUUUGAGUCCAUCCUUUUUAGGGAAUGACAUACAUUUCGACGUCUCGAUUUCACAAUUGAAUUGGGCGCUGUUCGGGAACGUUCUUCUGUAAUGAAUGAUGUAACUCACGACGAUUUGGGAAAUUACAUAAAUGUUGAUUUUAUUCCAGCAAGACGAGAUAGUUAAUGUUUCAUCUUCACAGAUGCUGCUGUACCGAUGGAGAUAUUUCAAAGUUAAUGAAUUUUGCUAUAAAUGAUGUGAUUUGACAAUAUCUUUAUUUUUUGCUAAACUCUUAUUUCAAGAUGCACUUUUCUAUACCUGAUACUCAGGAAUUUGCCGAAGGAGCUGGGAAUGCAUAUGUUGGUUACAAUAUUCAUAUCAAUGGAUUAUUUCACUGUACUGUGAGAUAUAAACAGCUGUAUAAUUUGCAUGUACAACUCUCUAAGGAUCUUGACAUGUCUUUGCCUAUAUUUCCUCCAAAGAAGUUUUUUCCUUUGACACCUAAUCAACAAGAGGAGCGACGGCUAGCUUUGGAAAAAUAUAUUCAGUCAAUUGGUCAAAACGUAGCCAUAAACAAUUCUGAGAUAUUAAAUGGCUUUUUAUUAAAUGCUCAACAAGAAACUGUUGGUGAUUUGUCUGAGACUGAGACUGAAACUUUAGAUAUAUUUCUCAUGAAUGGAUCAAAAAUCUCAUUAAAUGUUUCCACAAGAGAAUAUUCUGGUGAAAUUUUGAAGAAAGUAUAUGAAAAUAUACAGUUACUAGAAAAAUAUCAUUCCCAUUUUGCCCUAUUUAUUAUUAUACAAGAUGAAUUGUCGGGUAAUAUUAAAAUAUUGCGGAAAUUACAAGAUUUUGAGUCACCUUUUAUAACAUACAAAUAUAUGAGUUCUAUGGGUACAAAAAUUGUUCUCAGAAAAAGUUAUUGGGAUACAACGUACGAUCUUGAGUUAUUGAAUGAUCCAGUGACUCUGAAUUUACUAUAUGUCCAAACAGCUGCAGAAAUUCGCAGCGGGUGGAUACUGACUAAUAAGGAUGUGCAGUAUCAUUUAGAGAACAUGCAAAAAUCCGGAAACAGAAAAGAAUACUUGAAUAUAGCUCGUUAUUUAAAAUAUUAUGGCUACAUACAAUUUGCACCAUGCUAUUGUGAUUAUCCUCAACAUGGUUCAAAAAUAUUACUUGCUAUAGGUGGAAAUGAAUUAAAUUUACGCAUUUUAUCAUCCAAAGAACACGAAAUUAUAUUUAAAGUUUCGCGAAUGCGAUGUUGGCGUAUUACUACGAUACAAAAUGGAAUGGACCAUCCUGAGGAUAACAACGAGUGCAGUCUGGAAUUAUCUUUCGAAUAUCUAAUUGCUAGGAACGAAUUGCAAUGGAUUACGAUUGUUUCGGAGCAAGCGAUUUUAAUGUCUGUUUGUCUGCAAGCCAUGAUUGACGAGUUGUUACAAAAAUGUGUAGUGGGCAGCAGAAUUCAGGUAGAAUCUGGAAAAUCUUGGACAUAUAUUACAAGGGACGGCCAGAGUCGUAUCACCAUGGGAUCGCCAUUGCGAGAAUGUGCCAAUAAUAAUCAUUCGUCUAAAUCGGGACCAAUUAUAAAGAAACUCGCUAGUAAAUGGUCGGCUGUGACAUCAAAAAAAUCGGAUGAGUCAGUUGUCGAUAAAACCCUUGCAACGUGCACAACAGCUGAUUUUGAUAUUGUGGAAAAUAAUGUUUUUCGUAUGAUAGGAGAUGAUGAUUUAUAAGCUUAAUUAUUUUUUAAUGAAGAUUGAAACAUAAGCGCAGUGAUAAAAAAAAUAACAGGGUAUGCCUUAUCUAAACAAUCUUUCCAGAGAUAUAUUUUGUAAUACCUACAAGUCAGUGUAACGGUUUCCAAUUUAAAAUUAACAAUUAGUGACUCUCAAGGCUGAUUAAUUAUUGAACUAUGCUUUGAACUAUAUUUGGUGUCUUCUGUAUCAAUAUGUGAUUAAAAAAUGCAUUUAUAUUUAUUGAUAACUUUACAUAAAAUAUUCAUUAUACUUUUAUAUACCGUCCAAUUACAAUAAUAAUCAAUCUGAUGCAAGUUGAAAAUUAACUUGAGCCAAAACUAUGCUUGAAUUACAAGCGUAAUAUUCUGUAUGAAGUACUUAAUGAUAGAAUUAAUAUAUAAUAUUAGAAUUUAUAUAUAUAUAUAUAUAUAUUUUGCAUAUUGUUUUAUCAUUGUUAAACAAACUUAUUUAAAAAGCAGUACAUCAAUACUUGCUUUCAUAAUUAUCUUAAACAAAACUAUCAAUAAUAUAUCUCGUUUUAAAGUGUCAAAUAGCAAUCAUUCUAUAUGUGGUGUAUUAUCUUCUAUUAUUUAUCUGAUUAUAGUUAUUUCUGCUAAAUCAUUCACUCAAAAAACAUAUUUUUCUGCCUUCAGUCGCUAUAUUUCAGCCAAACACUGUAAAUGUGUAAAUAGAUUGUACAAUACACAAUAUACGAAUGU